AUGUUCAUUGAGCAUGUAUUUGAUCAGCAAUACUGCAUUAUCAUAGCUCCUCAUGUUGGUCACAGACAGGGAUCAGUUAACCAUGGAUCAUUUCAGUGGAAUUGGAACUCUUCAGUGUCAUUUCUCUAUGGUGGCCUAGCACCAAUUUUCAUAGUUAUUGGGAUAGCAUUGCUCACGGUGGCUUGUUCUCGAUGUCUUAGGCCCCAAACGAAUCUAUCAUCGACGACAAGUCGUGAAUCGAACACAUCCAGAAGGGAAACAAUCAAUGAAGUUGAUCAUGAACCUAAUAUUUUGGUGAUUGUAGCUGGAGAAGAUCAUCCAACUCAUAUGGCUAAGCCCCUCUCUUUGAGUUAA